AUGGGGCACCUACUUGCGCCGCUCCGCGCGGUCGGCAGCCCCGGGGCGCCAGGCCUGCCUGUGGCCAGCGGCCCGGGACGCCGGCGCUUCCCGCAGGCGCUCAUCGUGGGCGUGAAGAAGGGCGGCACGCGCGCCCUGCUGGAGUUCUUGCGGCUGCACCCCGACGUCCGCGCGAUCGGCUCUGAGCCCCACUUCUUCGACAGGUGCUACGAGCGCGGCCUCGCCUGGUACCGGAGCCUGAUGCCACGCACCCUGGACGGGCAGAUCACCAUGGAGAAAACCCCUAGCUACUUCGUGACUCGGGAGGCUCCUGGCCGCAUCCACGGCAUGUCCCCAGACACGAAGUUGAUCGUGGUGGUGCGGAACCCCGUGACUCGGGCCAUCUCCGACUACGCCCAGACUCUCUCCAAGACCCCGGGCCUGCCCAGCUUCCGUGCCCUGGCCUUCCGCCAUGGCCUGGGCCCCGUGGACACAGCCUGGAGCGCCGUGCGCAUCGGCCUAUACGCCCAGCAUCUGGACAACUGGCUGCGCUUCUUCCCCUUGUCCCGCUUCCUGUUCGUCAGCGGUGAGCGCCUGGUCAGCGACCCGGCUGGAGAGGUGGGCCGUGUGCAGGACUUCCUGGGCCUCAAACGGGUGGUCACGGACAAGCACUUUUACUUCAACGCCACCAAGGGCUUCCCCUGCCUCAAGAAGGCCCAGGGGAGCAGCAACCCGCGCUGCCUGGGCAAAUCCAAGGGCCGACCCCACCCCCGGGUGCCCGCGGCUGUGGUCCAACGGCUGCGGGACUUCUACCGGCCCUUCAACCGCAAGUUCUACCAGAUGACUGGCCAGGACUUCGGCUGGGACUGAGCAGGACAGGCCAGCCCGUGUGGACACUCAGGAACCUCAGUUGGUGCCCGUCCCCUGGCCAGAACAGCCCGUGUACAGAUGAUGGGUGGAGGAAAAUAUUUAAGAAAUAAAGUUUGG